AUGACAGCCCCCACGUUCAUAUGCACGAAUUGGAGCCCGGAGCAUCCAACUUGCAAAAAAGAAGGCACUUUUACGUGUAAGAAUUGUUUACUUGUCAUUUAUUGCGGUGCAGAAUGCCAAAAGUCACACUGGCCUGAGCAUAAGGUCGAGUGCAAGUCGGACUUGGGUAAAGAAGACUGGCAGCCAUCAUGGGCCCUUGAAGAGAGAGCCACAGAAUUUGCUAAUAACAGUGGUGGAGAGUUGUUUGGAGGGCAGAAGUACCUCUGGGGUAACGUCCCUGCUUACGACGUCCUGAAGCUGGGGUCAAACGAAGGCGAGGGAUAUGCCAAAGACCUAAAUGUUUUGUUUGCAGCUGCUGGAGACCUUCGGAAUGUUGUGAAGACGAUUGUCAACCUUCCGACUAGCUACAACCACGGCCUCACAAUAACGAUAAACGAUUUUGACAUUGACUUAGUCGCACGAAAUGUGAUUAUCCUUCUUAUUGCAUUGGUUGUCGAUGACAUGGACGAGGCUGUUGAUUGCAUCAUUCACGUCUGGUACUCGACUCUCAUGCGCCCAUCGGACAUGGUCGUCCUUGAAACUCGCAUUCGACCUCUGAUCAGAGACGUUUGCCAUAGAGUCAAGAACAAGCCACCGGAAAAGCACUUUAGCAGGAACUGGGAAUUUGGAGAUCGCUCGCUGAGGGUCAUUCUCACACCACCGCAGUGGAACCACCUUUUACGCUUCUUGGAGAAGCCAGUCGGCUUAAAUGCCGAGAGAGUACGCCAGAUCCGCACAGCUACUACCUUGGCACAUUCAAGGAGGGACUAUCGCGACCGACACAUGACCUUCCUGUCACCUUCUCAGCGGCUUUGUUUCUACAAAUUUCGUGAGGAUGGUCUUUUGCUUCCAUUUGGAUAUCCACGUCAUGAAUUUACGGAGCCAAACCCGACAUUUUUCCAGGAUACUGAUACCUGGCCGAUGAAAGACAGCGCUGAUCCUCUUACUAGCUGGUCCUUGGAAGAGGUCUUACAUACGUCGAGCGGACCCGCAACUGUUGACAUGUACGGCAAGCUGUUAUUCUUCCUUCGCGGACAGUUCCAUUCGUUCUUGAACCGAAUUCAAAAUUCUAGAAUGCGUUUUAUGAUUCUUAACUUCAAUCCAAAGGAUCUUCCUGAUCGUGUUGAAAAGGACUUUUAUAGCCGCAUUGAGGUGUCGGGCAUUGCAGACGCAGGUGCGCUUGGAAUCCACCGCACGCUAAAUCUGAUGGUUCCUCUACUCCAAUCACCACUCCAGAACCCACACGCUACCCUCAUAACCCUCUUCUUGAACACUGUCAACGAUAACUUGACAGCCCAGGACAAACUUAAGAGCGUGAGUAUGACAGGCCGAGAAAUGAGGAGUCUCUUUGAGUAUCUCCCUCCAAACGGGUCUCCCAUCGAUGGAUUCGAAACCGGGGUUGUCAAGUUCUCAUUUGCCCGGGAGAUUGUCGGCAGAUACGAUCACGUUUUUGACAGGUUCAUGAAGAAGAAUGGAUUCAAAACAGCGGCCGAAGACUUUGGCGUGAAAAUGAAGGAAAAACACACUAUUAUUGAAAAAUGGCCUUUCAGGUUGAAACUACGACCUGGAAAACCUGGGGCUCAAGAGGAAUUUGAUCGGAGUAUGAGAGAAGGCAUCUCCGGAAAAGAGCGAUUUGUGGAGUGGAAGAAGAUUCGUUAG